AUGGAUUGUCAACACAGAGACAGGGAUCAACCAAAACAAGCUCUCAGUGAUGAACAAAUUUACCAAUGGGUGUCAGAAUUGGUCACAGGAGCAAAUAGAGAGCGUGCAUUACUAGAGUUGGGAAAGAAGAGGGAACAAUAUGAUGAUUUGGCAUUGGUUUUAUGGAACUCUUUUGGUGUGAUGACUGUUCUUCUUGAGGAGAUCAUAUCUGUUUAUCCAUAUUUGAACCCACCAGUUUUGACAGCAUCGAUCUCGAAUAGAGUCUGCAAUGCAUUAGCAUUGCUUCAAUGUGUUGCUUCAAAUGUUCAAACUCGUGGAUUGUUUUUGACUGCAAAUUUGCCAUUGUACUUGUAUCCAUUUUUGUCUACCAAUGCAAGGCAGCGUUCUUUUGAAUACUUAAGACUUACCAGUUUAGGAGUCAUUGGUGCAUUAGUGAAGAAUGACACUCCUGAGGUUAUCAAUUUCUUGCUCACCACUGAAAUAGUUCCUUUGUGUUUGAACAUUAUGGAGAUCUCAUCCGAAUUAUCAAAAACUGUUGCUAUCUUCAUUUUACAAAAAAUAUUACUUGAUGAUCAAGGAUUGUCUUACAUCUGCACUACGUAUGAACGUUUCCACACUGUUGCAUCUGUCUUAUCAAAAAUGAUAGACCAAUUGAGCUCAAACAUUAACAACCAGAAUUCCCAACAAACCUCGAGUAGUUCCGGAAGAUUAUUAAAGCAUGUUGUCAGAUGCUAUAUGCGUUUGUCCGACAAUCUUGAGGCAAGGAAAGCGUUGGCCAAUAUUUUACCUGAGCCUUUGAGAGAUGGAACUUUCUCUAUUAUUUUGCAAGAUGACGUCGCUACAAAGAGAUGUUUGGCGCAAUUAUUAUCCAACAUCACCGACCAGCAGUAG